AUGCCCCCAAAAUACAUAUUAACGUAUUUCUACUUUCGCGCAAAAGGCGAAAACAUCCGCCAACUUCUCCAGCUGGCCGGCGUCGAGUUUGAGGACCGGCGAAUUCAAUGGGAACAGUGGCCACAUAUAAAGAAAGAGAUGCCAUUCGCCCAGAUGCCAGUUUUGGAGUGCGAGGAGGGGCAGCUCGCCCAGUCUAAGGCCAUCGGCCGGUUUUUGACUAGAAAAUACGGCUUUGCCGGCAGUAACGACUGGGAAGCCGCGCGCAUCGACGCGCUUGUGGAUCAGUUUGAGGACUUUUUCCAGGAGAUCCGCCCCUUCUACAGGACGUAUAACAAGAUUAUUGAAGGGGAUUUGGAUAACGUCUACGAAACGAUCGUGCAGCCCGCACGUGACAAGCACUUGCCACUUUUUUCGAAAUUUUUGGACGAAAACCCAAGUGGAUUCCUGGUCGGCUCGAAACUCUCGUGGAUCGACACCCAAUUGGCCGACCACUUGUACACGUUUAUGAACUACUCGAAGGGCGACUACACGGCCCAAUAUCCACAGCUGGCAGCUUUCAAGGAGAGGAUCCACGCAACACCCCGGCUACGCGAAUGGAUUAAGGACAGGCCGAAAACUGUGAUU